AGAGAGAGAGAGAAAGUGCGAGAAAGUGUGUGUUUGUGCUUGAGUGUGUAUGUGUGUGUGUGUGCGCGUGUGACUCGGCCCUACAAUCAAGGAUCGCGCGAGGUGCAACAAUUCGUUGUUCGUCCCCAACACAACAAUCAGACGUGACGCCCCAGCUACUGCUGCUACUAUCAACACGCAGGAUCCACGCACGCACACGCCAAUCAUCGCCAUCAUCAUUACCGACCGAGGCCAGAAUUGGAGUACAGAGCGGAGAUUAUGGAGCCAGAACCAGCCUGGAGCCGGAUCCAUGGGUGCGGGCCACCGUACAUCACUGCUGAAGCUGAAGAAAAUCAAGCACAGCAGUACGGUGAGGUGAACCAGCUCGGCGGUGUGUUCGUGAAUGGGCGGCCCCUGCCGAACAGUACCCGGAUGCGGAUAGUGGAGCUCGCCCGGCUCGGUAUCCGGCCGUGCGACAUCUCGCGCCAGCUGCGCGUCAGCCACGGUUGCGUGUCGAAGAUACUGGCGCGCUAUCACGAGACCGGUUCGAUACUGCCCGGUGCGAUCGGGGGUUCGAAACCGCGCGUCACCACCCCGAAGGUGGUCACCUACAUCCGGGAGCUGAAGCAGAAGGAUCCGGGCAUCUUCGCGUGGGAGAUCCGGGACCGGUUGCUGUCCGAUGGUGUGUGCGACAAGAACAACGUGCCGAGCGUGAGCUCGAUCUCGCGCAUCCUGCGCAACAAGCUGGGCGGCAUCGGGCACCACCAUCACCACCAUCAUCACCAUCACGGCAGUGGAGGUGGUAAUGGUGGUAGCGGCGGCAGUGGUCCCGGCAGCGGGGGGACUGGUGGUGGAAACGGAGGUGGUGGCAACCAUGGGACGCACCCGUCGGCCCACCUCUACAACUCCAUCUACCCCACGUACCCGUACACGGCCGGUUCCCUGAAGUCGGAGCUAUCGUGCGGUGGUAGCCCCUCGCCACCGACCGGUACGACACCGAUGCGGAGCCCCCAUGCCGCCCACUGCUGGCCAUCGUCUCACUCCGUCACCGACAUCCUGGCGAACGUGCACCAUCAGGCGGCGCUGGCCGCGGUCGCCCGUAAUGGCGGCACACCGACCUCCCAGUGUCACACGACGCCACCACCGGGCGCACCCCACGGUCCAGCCCACGCGCACGGGCUCGUCGGAGCGGGCGUCAUGGCGGGCGGCAUGAACGGGUCGGCCACGAGUGCGGCUGCAGCGGCGGCGGCCGCUGCCGCAGCAGCUGCUGCAGCCGCAGCCGCCGGUAAUGCGGCCGCGAUGCACCAGCACCACCACCACCACCAUCACCAUCAGAUGCAGGACACGGUGACGCCCCAAUCGCCCAACUCCUACAACUACUACAUGUACUUGCAGAGCGGUGGCAUGCACCACGGUGGCCUCGCCAGCGCCUCCGGCUUAUAGGUUUCCGGUACCGCAGCAGCAGCAGCAGCAGCAGCCAAGGUGCCACUUUUGCUUCAUCUUCUUCUGCUUCAUCUUCUUCUGCUUCUUCAUCUACACUACGACUGGGUGCACCGACGACUUACGGUGCUUCUAUUACUUUGGGUUUUUCCGGUUCUACUAUCCUCACCGUUUUUGUUGCCGUACGUACCAGCGGCAUCGGCGUCCAGCUACUACUACUACUACUCGGCAGGUCAAAGGUGCUCUUCAAUGUGAAGGAACGUGAAAAGAGAGAGAGGAAUCAACAAAUAGGAAAGGAUAGAGAAAGAGAGAGAGAGAGAGAGAUUAGCGCGUGAUUGGGAGGGUAAGGUUUUAACCAAAACAACAAACAGUCGAUAAAGCAAUCUAGGGCAUGAUGCACGAGAUCAAUCUAUUUACACGCACGGAAGCAACAACAAUAUACAGUAAAGCAAAAAAGAGAGAGAGAGAGAGAGAAAAAAAAUGCAGCAGAGAGAUAGGGAGAAAAGAAGCAAGUAGUAGCAGCGACAUAUGCAAACCAGCGGGUGAUGAUAUAUCUGGGCAUAUUAGCCCGAAUUGACAAAAUAGAACACGAAACACAGCAAAAACUAGCGAAACAACAACAGAAAAAAAACCCAAAAAAAUAAUAAAAAAGAAUGCGAGCAAAAAAAAAAAAAUAAAAAAAUGGUAGCAUAUAUUGCGAAACAAACAGUAACAACGGCGAAGACAGGAGGACAGAAACCGGAGAGUAACAAGAAGUACAAAACAAACAGCACUAGCUAAAAAAAAACAAAACAAAACAAAACAAAAACAUACAAAGCAACAAAAAAGCAAACCUCAACAGGGAGAGAAACCCGUGGGCGCGAAACAAUGGUUAAAACGUUUAUCAAUCAGAGCUCUUAUGAAUUUUUGCAACCUAAGUACACUCACCUCACCUGACACUCUUAUGGCUGUCUUACAAAGCGGGCGAAAACAUGCAAACAGGGAAGCAUGGGAGUCAGCAGGACCGGCCGCAUGGUAUCGCCCCAGUAUCGCCGA